AUUUUCAAGAUGGCGGCCAGAGAGGGUUUGCGUUUAGGUCAAGCUCUUCUUCGCCGUGCGGCAUUUAGACCACAAACUUUGAUAGGGAUUAGAAAAGCCAGCGAUGAUCACAUAAAGUAUCCCAUCCCAACUCCGGAGAAUGAUUGGAAAAAUUUUCAUCGUCCAUGGCCAGAUGAUGGGUAUGCCCUGGGGGAUUAUCCUAACCUCCCAGAGAUUUGCAAUCAGAGAAGACAACAUUUAGGAUGGUGGGAUGUUCAAGAACGUAGAAACUACAAUGAGCCAAUACAUAUGGAUGAAGAUGCACUUAAUGUUUGGGUGUGGAGUGAGGUGACAUGUAAUGACAGAUACACACCGGGUGAAAUUCUGAUGCAGUUGGGUAUUGCCACAGCCACUCUUUGCUUUGUUGGAUACCUCUCUUACCUCUAUGAUCAAACAGACAGAAACCCUGCGGUUCCAAAGGAAUACCCUUUUAACAAUCUGUACCUUGAGCGAGGAGGGGACCCAGAUAAAGACCCAAGUGAGGAAGUCUUGCAUCCAGACCAGAGAGUCAUUCCACAUAAUCUGUAUGGAUCUUAAUGCAUUUUCACUGGUCUCUAAACAGUUCUGAUCUCAAAUCCAUCAAAAUUUAAUUCAUGUUAUCUUCAGUGUUUUUUUCCCUUGCAUUUUGUGUACAAGAGUGUGAAGAAUGUGUCUUUAUUGCAGAUGUAUAUUACAUUAAAUUUUGAUAUGUUGUAUGAAAAAGAUUGUUCAUUGGGUACUUGGUAGUUUUGUUAAUGUAAAUAAUAUAUUUUAACUCUUUCAUUCCCAAGAUCUCGGUAGUAAUUUUCCUUACUCUCUUCCAUACAAUUCUUUUCAUGUGAGUUUGAGGAACUUGGUUUUAGACGAAAGUUUGAGGAAUUUGGUUUUAGAUCAACUAAUAAACCCCCAAUUAAUAUA